GCGCAACACACCGCAUGACCGCAGACUUAUUCCACGUCGCAUGCGAGACGACGCGCCGCGUCUCUACCCACUUUAAACUACAAACUCUACGGCAAAUAACGCUAUAAUCCCCAACAUUUUUUAUCGACUUAUGGAUUUAUCAUGGAUGUCCGGAAGUGAAUAAAAUACAAAGAAUAUAAUGAUAAUGUGAUUAGUGAAAGUGCACUUUCUAAUUGAUAAUUUAUUGAGAUGUGGUCCUUCGUAAACACUUAACGAUAUACAUGAUUAUAAGCAGUAAGGUAAUGCGAGGUGACAAACCCAAGCUGUGUUUGCUGGUCGCAACACUAGCAUUCGGGUAUUCGUGGGCGGGAAGCAGUUGCGAGCGGAGAGUUACCUGGUGGGAUCGUGAACGAAGCGCAUGCGUGCCCUGCACACGAUGUGACAAACACCUCGUGGUCCAACUCCCCUGCGAGCUACACAGAGACACCAUCUGCCAGUCAUUAUACCAAAUACAUAUAUGGCCCUUCUUCGCACCCACCAAUGACACCACAGACAAUAGUGACCCUAGUGAUUAUGAAUACGAAUACUCGGACUACGAUAGUGAAGUGAGAGACAACCGUGUGACCCAAUGGGACUUGCAAACGUUAAGUGUUAUACUAGCCGCUUCUGGCUGCAUCGUUUUCUUCAUAGUUGUAUUAUAUUUAUCGCUUUCUCAUGCUAGGCAAUGGAAAAUACUCAAGCAGACCCUUCAGUCAGACAUGAAGGACCUAACAGCGAAGAUAAAGCUGAUGGAAGCGGGCGGCGAACCUCCAUGCGAACCACCAACACCCACCGAUCAUCACAUCUAUUGCAAUAUACACGUUGGCAAAGAUGCACUCCUUGGUCCAGCUUCUUCUAAAAAAGGACUAGGCAACGUAUACACGCAAGAUAAGCAUCCCAAUUGAUCGUCUUGACCACCGAUUUAUAAAUAAGUAAAUAAUAGUGCAGUAAAAACGAGUUUGACUUGACAGUACCUGGCGAACCUCAAGAGUAAUGACAUUAUACAUGAGGCAAUAAAUUUCAAAUGAAAUAAAC